AGCUCAUGAGCGUCGAGCCCAUGAGUUUCGUGCUCAAAGUGCUUAAUAAAUUAAAAAGCAACUUUGGUGUUUGGUUUCCGAAAAGCCCUAUUUAGAACGGAUGACUUGUAGAUAAGGGAAUCUAAUUAUCUCUAUAAAGUGGGCAGUGAUUAUAAAAAAUGGAUGUUUUUUAGUUUUGAUAAAAUAGAAGAAGAAAAAAAGUUAUUUUCUACGAUUUUCAUUAAAAUGCGAAAUUUUCGAUAUUUGUGAAUAAAAUAUGGAAACCGGUACAAAUAGAAAGAAAAGGGAAGAUAAAGACCUAUUAGAAGCAGUUAAUUCAAAAAAUUUAGACGAAGUAUUGGAAAAAGUGAAAGCAAUUGAUUUUCGAUGCCCGUUUCAAAAAUGUAAAAAUAAAACUAAAGAUUUUUCCAUUGACUGCAAAUUUUGUAAGUGUAGAUUUUGUAUUAGUCAUGGUUUACCAGAAAUUCAUGGAUGUGGAGAGGCAGUUAAAAGGGAAGAAAGAGCGAAAAUGGUACAUCCCGUACCACAAGUUUCGCAACAAAAAUCUUCAGAAAACGCAGCAAAAUUAACAAAAAAAUUGAAACAAUUACAAUUAGAGAGAAAAAGUAAAGGCCCAAAGAAAAAAUAACAAUUUACUAUUUUAAAAAAUUACCAUUGUAUUUGAAAGUUAUGUUGAUAGUAACUAAUAAUAGUCAAUUACUAUUCUGAAUUUUAUUUUUUAUGCUAUUAACCAUUGGUAAAAAAUCAUUUUUAUGCUGCAUUUGGUAACUAUUCUGGAUAUGAUGUAACAGAAAAAGAAAACUACAAUUGAUAUACAAAAAUUUAAUCAUUAUUUCUCUUACAUAAACUGAUAUAUUCAUAAUAAUAUAAAACAUACAAAUAAAGUACUUCAAUAUUAA